AUGUGUGUGUGUAAGCGGAAGGGGGUAGUAGGGCUAAAGGAAGCGAGGUCAUCCCCUGGUCCAGAAGGUUCUGCUACAGCGUCGAGCAACAAGCGCUUGCAGCAGACGCAGGCUCAAGUGGAUGAGGUAGUGGAUAUUAUGCGUGUUAAUGUGGACAAAGUACUGGAACGUGAUCAGAAAUUGUCUGAACUGGAUGAUAGAGCAGAUGCACUGCAAGCUGGAGCUUCCCAGUUUGAGACCAGUGCGGCCAAACUGAAACGGAAGUUCUGGUGGAAGAACUGCAAGAUGUGGGCUAUCUUGAUAGCUGUUGUAGUGAUCAUCAUCAUCAUCAUUAUUAUUUGGAGCUGCUCUUAAAAUGGCAACAGACCGCGGAGGAUUGGAGGAUCAGGCAACAUGUGUUCGUCAAGUGUCUGAGAAAGAAUCCAAAUGCUCACGUUAUUCACCUCCACCGAUCUUCCUCUCUUCUCCUUGAUUUGGGUGUUUAUGUGUGUGUUUCCGUGUAUUUGCAGAGGAUCGUGUUAAAACUCCAGUUUAACCUCUGUGACCUACACUUACACACACACACACAAGUUUUUUUUCUUGAGAAUAGAAGCGAAGGAAUUGUUUUAAACUGUCUGCUUAUAUUAUUAUAUUAUAUAUAUUAAUGAUUUUGGGUGCCAGGCUAAAAAAUGUGCCUUUGGGGUCUUUGUUAGAGUUUGCCAAACCCCUUUUCUACUACAUAAAGGUUUUUUUCUUUUCAAACAGUUAUUACCAGUAUUUUUAUGUUUCUUUUUUUUUUCUUCAAUAUAUAGUCAGAUUUUUUUUUUUCAUUUGUUACAAUGGACUUGUGUGAUUUAAUACCUGUUUUGUGUUUUUGCACAUAGUUAAGUUACUCAUUGUAGAAACUGAAAACAAUUGAUCUAAGGUGAUUGAAAUAAACAUGUUAUUUAGUUAGAAACUUGAUCCUAAAUUUACUCAAAUUUUCUCCUUGGCACUUGCAUGUUUAUGUUUAGAUAAGUGCCUUAAUGCAAAAACAAAAAAAAGACCAAACUGCCUCAAAAUAAGCAUAAACGUUGUUAUCAGGUGGGUUUUCUCACUUGGAGGCUCUCAGAGAUGUUUUUAUAAAAAUUGCUUCGUGUUAUGCUCAAGGACAGUGAUUAAAGUAGAUGUAGAUUUAGACCAAUGCCUUAAGGGUGUCCCAAAUGAAAACGGCCAAAUACCAACAACCACAGUCUUAUCAUUUGUUCCAGCCAGCAAAACGUAUGUGCCUUCUAAAUACUCAAACAAAAACUACCCUUUGCUAUAGACAGCUGAACUUAACCUCUAUGUAACUCUCCUGUCAGUUUCACCUGAUAAUUUAAUGUACUCCUCGCAUUAGAUACUUUAGAUUUUGUGUAAAAUAGCUUUUAUUUGCAUGCGUAAUAUGUAGAAUUAAUCUAAUGCUUAGAUGUAUUUUCAUGGCUUUUCUUACUGCAGCUGAAAAUUAAUACAUGACAUUGUAUUAUAUGCUACACAACACUGGAUUUAGUUUUCUUAUUCGUGUGUUAUUUUCCAUUGACUUUUUUGGCAUUUUCCGAAUAUUGUGCUAAUUUAACGUUGCCUCUCAGUGCAUCCAUGAUUGUACAAAAUCCAUGUAUAAUUUUGGCUUUUUGUUGUUUAUGAAUAAUAAUUUUAUUGCAUACAGUAAGCCAUGCUCUCUCUUUACACAGAAAUCUAACAUCCUAUAACUUUUAAGCCUUAUAAAUACAUGCUGGGUUUUUUUUUCUUUGGAAAAGUGCAAUUGUACUUUGUGACCCUAAAAAACAGUUGCUUGAAUAAAACAGAUA